AUGGCGACUGAACGUGUUGGCGCUAUCCUCAACCACCUCAACCCGAGCUCCGGCCUCGAUCGGAUCCUCGCCAAGAACCCCGAUGACAUCGUCAUCACCCUCGCCGUCCGCACACCCCUCUGCAGGGCGAAGAAGGGCGGUUUCAAGGACACUUCCCUCGAGUACAUGAUCUACGCGCUCCUCAAGCAGGUGCGCGAGCGGUCCAACCUCGACCCCAAGCUCGUCGAAGACAUUGCCUGCGGAAAUGUCGGCGAUGGCAAGACCUCCUACAAACUCCGCGCCGCCGCCCUAGCCGCCGGCUUCCCCAACACCACCUCCGCCUACUCCCUCAACCGCUUCUGCUCCUCCGGCCUCAAAGCCACCGCCGACAUCGCCCACUCCAUCACCAACGGCUCCAUCGCCAUCGGCAUCGCCAUGGGCGCCGAGCAGAUGACCGUCGGCGGCGACGCCAUCACCGACCCCUUCGACCCCGCCGUGCUCGCCCUCUCCCAGGAGUCCCAGGACUGCAUCCAGCCCAUGGGCUGGACCUCCGAGAACGUCGCGCGCGACUUCGCCAUCUCGCGCCAGGAGAUGGAUCGCUACGCUGCUGAUUCGUUCGGCAAGGCCGAGCGCGCCCAGGAUGCGGGCCAGUUCGAUGACGAGAUUGUGCCUAUUACGACCAAGGUGAAGGGUAAGGAUGGUGCUCUCGAGGAGGUCACGCUUACCAAGGACGAGGGCAUUCGUCGCGGAACUACCUACGAGGGUCUCGCGAAGAUCCGCAGCGCCUUCCCCCAGUGGGGCCCAACUACUACCGGCGGCAACGCCUCCCAGCUCACCGACGGCGCCGCCGCCCUCCUCCUCAUGAAGCGCUCCACCGCCGAGCAGCUCGGCCAGCCCAUCCUCGGCAAAUACGUCUCCUCCACCACCGCCGGUCUCGCCCCCCGCAUCAUGGGCAUCGGCCCCACCGUCGCCAUCCCCAAACUCCUCGCCAUCAACAACAUCACCCUCGACGACGUCGACGUCGUUGAGAUCAACGAGGCUUUCGCUAGCAUGGCUGUUUACUGCAGGAAGACUCUUGGCUUGACCAGCGAGAAGAUGAACCCUAGGGGUGGCGCUAUUGCGCUGGGACAUCCGCUGGGCGCGACGGGUGCUAGGCUUGUUGUUACGGGGCUUUCAGAGUUGAGGAGGCAGAAGAAGAGGGUGCUUAUUACUAGUAUGUGUAUUGGUACCGGUAUGGGUAUGGCCGGUCUGUUUGUGAAUGAGGUUUUGUAA